AUGAUCUCUUUGUUGCUCGCUUCGAGUUCUUCCUCCUGCUCGGUGAGCCGAAAGCUUUCAGAGCCGCCUGUGUGGAGAAGAGACCAUGCCUGUUUCGGAACAAGGCUUAUUUAUCCUCCAGAGAAAGCGAGCGGAUCGGGAAACUCCAUAUGGACUCACAUUCCAACUCACUUUAGUAAUUAUCAGCGAGGUUGGGGCCGGCAGUAUGGACAAAACAGCUUCGACCGCGAUGGAAGCCUCUGUUUUUUGAAUCCCUCUCACUGUGCAAAAAGCAGAGUGGCACUCGCAAAGCGGGAAAGUACAGACAAGGUGGAAGCACCUUCAGAGGCGGAGGAGAUUGUGAUGGUCACACCUAUACCAGAUUCCACGCCACCCCCUCAACAAAUAUUAGGAAUAGAAGGAUCAACAGUCCUGGUCCUGAUUCAUUCCAAGGAGCUCAUUCUUAAAUGUUUGACUGAAAAGCUGAAGGGGCAGAGAAUGCUGGAUCCAAAAUACCAAUGGACCGGUCCCGUCGGCUUGAUAACCCCAGAAUCACAAAGAUUUAUUGUAACCGAUGAAGGAAAUCUGGAGUUUUUUAACAUUCGUGGAAGUGACUCAGGGAAUUAUAUUUGCACUAUUGCCUAUACCCAUGGAGAUGUGCAUAUAACCACAGAGAUUCAUUUCCUUGUCUAUGUGUAUCACACCCCAGAGAAGAGCAUAAAUCUCUCGGCUGAAUUUGAAACGGACACAUGUGAAAACAACGUCAUUGCCUCGUUUGAAAAACGCCUGUUGAAAAACUUAGAGGCCCUGGUCCGCGACUUGCACUGUGAGAUAAGAGAGUGGAAUUCCCAGUGCCAUUCUGCUUCAGACGCGAUGUCUUUGUUAACCCACAAGCUGACAUUUAUGUUUGUAGUUUUUCCUUUUUCACUGGCCUACGAAGAUUUCUGUGAGACCUCUGACUGUUCCAAUUCGGCCAACUACGUCAAAAAGGCCUACGCGAGGAUUGAAAAGUCCCUUGAGGACCGGGCUUUGGACUCCGUGGGUGGUCCCAAGAUAAGUUAUGUUCUCGGAUCCCUAACUGGCACGAGGGUGGAUCACUGCAAACCGGGAUUUGGAAAAAACACCAAGGCAAACGUCAGCAGAGUGUGUCCGGGAUGCUGUGUGGCCUGUCCUCCUGGUAGCUACAGUGCCAGGCUCGAAACCACUUGUACUCCGUGCGCUGUCGGAUCGUACAACAAGAACUAUGGGCGGACUUCGUGUAAGCCCUGCCCGGGUGAGCAGUCUAGUGACGGAAGAGGAUCCCAGACAGAAAAAGAAUGCCACAGAACUCUGCCCAUCUGGGCUGUGGUCUUAAUUUCCUUUCUGGGGACCAGCCUUAUCUUAGUGGCAUCUUGGAUAAUGGUGCGGAAAUGCUGCAGAAGAAAACUAAUUCCCCAGGACGUCGAAGGAACGGGACCUGAGCUUAAAAAUCGGCGGAAGACGCUUGCGCACGUCGCCAAUGACGCAGCCAUUCGGGAACAGAGCAAGAAAUUGAGGGAACCCCCGGGCCGCUACAAGAGAAACCAGCCUCUGAAACGCUCUGCCAGCUCCCUCGUGGAAGAGUCCAUCGGUCUCCUCGGCCACGAGAAGGAAGAAACAAGCCCCAGUCCGGGUUCAAGUCCCGAUCUUGAGUCCAGGCUCUGGCAAGGCCCGCAGAGGAGCCUUGAGGAAGCCGACACCUUGGGGAAAACCUCCCGCUCCGUCUCCAAAGGGACGUCUCCGGGGCAUCGGACUCCCGGUGGUCCACGGGACCCCCGUGGUCGCCAUGGCCACCCGGGUCGCCAUGGCCGUCGAGGGCCUUGACCGAGAAAUUCCCAGAUCCCGUCUGGGAAAGGGAUUCGCCCCGCUCCGCCCUUCGCCGUCUCACAAAGUCUCCCGCUCAAGGCCGCCCAGGCCGCGUCCCCGGGGACCGAUUUCCAAGAGCGUUCUCGCUAGUGGGAAAAAAUCACAUUGUUUUGGUUUAAAAAUGAAAGGCAUCAGAAUUCAAACCAGUCAUGGCGACCCUACUUCAGACUGAUGGAAAUGAGGUUGUUUAUUCAACAACUGGGUCUGUUUCAGGACGAUGGCUCCCACCGAUGUUAAGUAAGUAACUCCUACUUUGUGAUACUACUAGAAAGUUUAAAUGACAAUAG